AUGCGUAAAAAACAUUUUCUUGAGGUGUUGUUCCUAAUGGAGACUAUGAAUUAUAGAAACGUUUUGGUUGAUCUUCAGGUUUGGCUGGGGUAUGAUAAGCUAGAUUCAGUCUCUUUCUAUGCGUCAUGUGUUUAUGGUCCUUCGGAUUGGAGUAGUAGAUGCGAGUUGUGGGAAAGGCUCUCCCGCAUUGGGGUAAAUAGAAAGGAUGGGUGGUGUGUCUUUGGUGAUUUUAAUGAUAUUCUGCAUAAUGGGGAGAAAGUUGGAGGUACAUGGAGAGCAGAUGAAUCUUUUGAGCCUUAUAAUCAGAUAAUAAAAGCCGAAAAAUUAGAGGAACUUCCAAGUCAUGGUGAUGGUUUACAUGGGGAGGAAGAAGGGGAAAUCUGUGGAUCCAAUCUAGGCUUAACUGAUGUUUUGGCAACAGAGCUUGGUCUCAGAAGUUUCCUUGCUCAAACCAGCUCUUUAUGGCUAAAAGAGGAUCAGAUCAUCGUCCUAUUUGAUCGAAGAUUGUUGGACCUAGAUGGCAUCAAGGACAGUGUCACCAAUGCUUGGCAUGUUGCUGAUGGUAGUAGAAUGGGAACGGUUUCGUCCAGAUUAAAAGCAUGUAGAAAAGCUCUAAGUGCUUUGAAGAAAAGAUCAGAUAUGAAUUCAAGGGAGAGAAUUAGACAAUUGGAGUUUGACUUGGAGCAACAGCAGUCGUCGCAUGAUCCCUCGGUAUAUCAGAUUCAUGCUUUGAAAAGAGAUUUGGUAAAAGCCUAUAGAGAUGAAGAAAUUUAUUGGUGGCAGAAAAGCAAUGAAAAAUGGAUGUAUGCGGGGGAUCGAAACACAAAGUUCUUUCAGAACUCUGUAAAGGCGGCCCGGGCUAAGAACAACAUUGAGAAGCUGUUGAAUGACAGAGGAGAGGAGUCGUCAAAUCCUAAGCCUUUUGAUAGCUGGUUCCAAGGCAUGGCUCCAAGGGUGACAGAUCAAAUGAACUGGUUUCUGAAUAAACCAGUGACAGCUGAAGAGGUAAAGGAAGCGAUGUUUUCUAUUAAACCUUCCAAAGCCCCAGGACCAGACGUGUCGUAUUCUAUCUUGAUUAAUGAUCAGCCUCAUGGCUUAGUAGUGCCACAGAGGGGUUUGAGACAGGGAGAUCCGCUUUCUCCAUUCCUGUUUGUGCUCUGCGCUGAAGGUCUCUCACAUCUAUUGACGAAAGCAGAGGAGGAAGGCUCGAUAACAGGAAUGAGUUUUGGUGAUCAUGGACCUUCGGUUAAUCAUUUGCUUUUUGCUGAUGAUUGCUUGUUGGUUUGUAAAGCAAAUGAGGAGCAAAGUGAUCAUUUGUUAAGAGUUCUUCAUAGAUAUGAAGAGGUGACGGGCCAAGUAAUCAAUCCUACCAAGUCUUCAAUUACUUUUGGGAAAGGGAUAUCAGAAGAGGUUAAGAGUAAUGUCAGAAGAAAGAUGGGGAUUGAAGCGGAGGGUGGAGCUUCUAAAUAUCUUGGUCUUCCAGAAUGUUUAAAGGGAUCAAAGGUUGGCAUGCGAAGACCCUUUCUCAAGGGGGUAAAGAGGUUCUCCUAA